AUGAAGCACGACGAGCUCGAGAGAGUGGCUGCCGGCCUCGGUGGCGACUUUCGCUCCAUUGAGCCCCAUCUGCGCAACAUCGAUAAGCACUUGACACUGCGAACCUACCUCGAUGGCUUCAGCCUGAGCCCAAUCGACACCAAGGCCUGGCAGAGUCUGCGCGGAAAUAAGGCAGCUAUGGGCUUCAUCCGCAAGAACACGCUCGGCAACUUGUCUCGAUGGUUUAGCUAUAUUGAGCAGGCGCAUCCUGAGCUCGGACAGGAAGCCAAGGCUGCCGACGCCGCCUCCAAGGCCAAGACAGCGGCUGCUAGCAAGGCUGGCGCCAACUACAACCUCGCCCUCCAGGAUGCCGACAAGGGCGUCGUCACCCGUUUCCUUCCCGAGCCUUCUGGCUACCUUCACAUUGGACACGCCAAGGCGGCCCUCCUCUCCGACUACUUUGGCCAUGUCGCCUACAAGGGCCAGAUGCGCCUCCGUCUCGACGAUACCAACCCCUCCAAGGAGAAGCAGGAGUUCCAGGACGCCAUUGUCGAGGACCUCGCUCUGAUGGGAAUCAAGCCCGACACUCUGACCUACACUUCCGACUACUUUGACUACCUGUACGACAUGUGCAUCAAGCUGAUCAAGAUGGGCAAGGCCUACGCCGACGACACUGAUCAGGAGACGAUGCGUGACGAGCGCAUGCAUGGCCGUCCCUCCAAGCGCCGCGACCGAACCGUCGAGGAGACCCUGCGCAUCUUUGAGGAGAUGAAGAAGGGCACCGAGGAGGGUCUUGCCAAUUGCAUCCGCGCCAAGCUGUCUGUCGACAACCCCAACAAGGCCAUGCGUGAUCCUGUCAUCUAUCGUUGUAACGUCGAGCAGCCUCACCACCGUACUGGCCGCAAGUGGAAUACGUACCCCAUGUACGAUUUCGCUUGUCCCGUCGUGGACAGCCACGAGGGCGUCACCCACGCCCUCCGUUCCACCGAGUACACCGACCGCAACCCCCAGUACCAGUGGUUCAUUGAUACUCUGGGCCUUCGACAGGUACACAUGUGGGACUUUUCCCGCCUCAACUUUAUCAAGACUUUCCUUUCCAAGCGCAAGCUCGCCAAGCUUGUUGACAGCGGCAAGGUCUGGGGCUGGGACGACCCUCGCAUGCCCACUAUCCGUGGUGUCCGCCGUCGCGGUAUGACGGUGGCUGCGCUCCGUGAUUUCAUUAUCAAACAGGGCCCUAGCCGUAACAUUGUCUCCAUGGACUGGACCACUUUCUGGGCUGCCAACAAGAAGGAGAUUGACCCCAUUGCUCCCCGCCAUACUGCUCUGCUCAAGAAGGACCUGGUUAAGGUGGACCUGUCUGGCUCCGAGACACCCUCUGGUGUCGUUGUGGAGGAACGCCCCAAGCACCCCAAGAAUGCCGACGUCGGUAACAAGCAGGUGUACUUUUCUCCUCAGAUCUACCUCGACCAAGCCGAUGCCAAGACUUUCAAGCCUGACGAGGAGAUUACUCUCAUGGGCUGGGGCAACGCGUUUGUCCGCGACAUUCCCACUAACGACCCCAUCCCCAGCUUGAAGCUCGAGCUUAAUCUCAAGGGUGACUUCAAGACGACUGAGAAGAAGGUUACCUGGCUCUCGGCUCAAGGCUUCGACUUGGUGCCUGCGGAGCUGUGGGAGUUUGACUACCUCAUCACCAAGGACAAGCUUGAGGAGGAGGAUAACCUCGAGGACUAUCUCAACCCCAACACUGCUAGCAUGGAGGAGGCUGUCUGCGACCCCGGCGUGGGCAAGCUCAAGAAGGACGACAUUAUCCAGCUCGAGCGUCGUGGUUUCUUCCGCGUUGACAAGGGCCUCGGCGAUUGGGCCGCGGGUGAGGCAGGCGAGAAGGGACCCCGCGUUGUCUUGUUUGCAAUCCCUACUGGCAAGGGCGGAAAAUAA